AUGAACGUGCUGCUUUCCUGGCAGCUGAUGCUCUUGCUUUGUGCCACCACCUUCAGGGAGACCUUGGAAAAGGUGGCACCCAUGGAGAAUCCUAGAACCACAGGCUCGCAGCUCGGACCCGCGACGCUCCGGGCGCCCUGGGAGCAGAGCCCGCGGUGCGCGGCGGGGAAGCCCACAGCGGCCGGGCCUCGGCCUCGGGGGGCCGCGCUCUGCCCCUCUGAGAACUCCGCGGGCCCCCAGCAGCCGGGCCCGUGCGCCCCGCGCAGCCGCCUGAUCCCGGCUCCGAGGGGCGCCGUGCUGGUGCAGCGGGAGAAGGACGUGUCCGCCUACAACUGGAACUCCUUCGGCCUGCGCUACGGCAGGCGGCAGGCGGCGCUGCCCGGGGGCCGCGGCGCCGCGCGGGGCUGA